AUGUGCUACCGUUGGCUCUGUGCUGGCGACGUGACAUCUACGGUAGGCUUCUGUAUCGCCACCUUCAAGUUGGUGAGCUUUGCCGAGCGAUCAACUAUAAGCGGGACUGGCGCUCUCGACCAGUCUAGCCCAAUAACGAACUGAAUGGCUUCGCGGUGCUUCUGCAGCUAUUACGAUGCCUUGACGCGGUGGCCUGAUGCACCGAUGGCCGCUCUACACUUAGCGGGCUUCAAGGGCUUCUAUUCGAAGUCAAAACGACGAAAAGGCCGUAAGCCCAUGCGGUCCUAACGCUCGGUGCACCCUCCUGUGGCCCUGGUUCCGUUACGCCGCUUCUCGUCAUGGAUCCAGAUCUCAGCCAACAACUGGACGAUACGUUGGGAUGCGUUUUUAUCGGACUGACACUGGCAUUGAUUUUGUACGGCUUCUCCUUGGCGCAGACGCAGUAUUACUUCCACGAAUAUAGUUCAUGUGAUCACCUAUCCACACAAGCCUUGGUGGCCUUCCUAUGGCUGCUUGACACGGCAAGGACGUGCUGUGGACUGCAGUUUCUCUGGGUUUACUUGAUCGACAACCAUACGAACUUGAGCGGCUUAUCACAGUUCACAGACGCGUUCAUUGCCGACGCCUUCUUCGCAACCUUGAUUAUCCUGAUCACUCAGUUAUACUACAUCAAUGUCAUCUGGCGCCUGAUUGCUCGACAACAGCACCGGCUCUUCCUUGCGUCAAUAAUGGUAGCCGCGACUGAAUCUGGUUCGCGAGUGACAUCGUCAAUACAGAGCCUCGCAGCAUUUGUAGUAGAUGCAUACAUCGCCGCGACGUUGUCAGUCGUCCUCCAUGGCAAAAGAACAGGCCUAACGCGGACGGACUCGCUUCUAACCAAACUCAUCAUCUCCGCAGUUCACCGGGGGAUCCUGACGGCCUUGCUUCAGUUCUUGCAGUUCAUCACUUACAUCGUCACAUUGCAUUCCGGAGGUACUAAGCUUAUCUGGGCUGUCUUCUACUUUCCGGCGAGCAAGGUCAACACCAACUCUCUACUGGCGAUGCUAAAUGUCCGCCACUGGCUUCGAGAAUCGAUGGUACAGGACGUUGAGCUCAACAUCGGUCGGACAGAUAGCGGUAGCUCAUUGAGCCCGCGCGGGUCGCAUCCACGCACAACACGGAUUCUCCUCGCAAAAGGAGCGUCGUUGGGAUCGCAAGUCGGAGUCAUUGGCCCUGAGUCACAAGGGCUUGACGACGGCAAGGCACAUUCUAUAGUGGACGCUGUCUGUCGACCGCUGGUACAGACCACGGCGUGAUUUUUGCCGGCUGCGCUGACUAUCAGGCCCUCAACACGGAAUCGUUGCCGCAGAUCCCGUGUCCGUCUGAAUGAUGCAACGGGCCCUCGAAGAACCUCAACUUUCCGGGGUUCAUGCACGCUAUGUACAAUACAUUCCCAUGAAUCACGCAAGCACGCC